AUGGAGAAGUAUCUGUCCAAACCCGACAACGCCACGCUUCAGAUGCUGCGCAACCCGACGCUGACCGUGGUCCUGCCGGUGGUGUAUACGCUGGUGGCGCUGGUCAGCAUCCCGGGAAACCUGUUCUCGCUGUGGGUACUUUGCCGUCACAUCGGUCCGCGCUCUCCGUCCAUCAUAUUCAUGAUUAACCUCAGUCUCACCGACUUGGCGCUGGCCUUGGUACUGCCCUUCCAGAUCGCCUACCAUUACAACCAUCACCACUGGGUCUUCGGCGUCCCGCUCUGCAACGUGGUCACCGUGACCUUCUACGCUAACAUGUAUUCCAGCAUACUCACCAUGACGUGCAUCAGUGUCGAACGUUUCCUGGGCGUUGUGUACCCGAUGUCCGCCAGCCGUUGGCGCCGCCGACGCUACGCAGUGGCCGCGUGCACCGGACUCUGGCUACUGCUGUUGGCUGCGCUGUCCCCUCUGGCGCGCACCGACCUCACCUACAAAGUGGAGGCGCUGGGCAUCGUCACGUGCUUCGACGUCCUCAAGUGGACUAUGCUGCCCAACAUGGCCACCUGGGCGGUUUUCCUCUUCACGCUCUUCAUCGUCCUGUUCCUGAUUCCUUUCGUGAUCACUGUGGCCUGCUACACGGCCACCAUCCGAAAACUCUUGCAGUCGUCACACGGUUACGGGCACGGGCAGAAGCGACGCUCCGUGUGCCUGGCAGGGGUGGUACUUCUCGCCUUUGUUACCUGCUUCGCGCCCAAUAACUUUGUGCUGUUGGUGCACAUGGUGAGCCGACUCUUCUUCGGCCACAGUUUCUACCACGUCUACAAACUCACGCUCUGUCUCAGUUGCCUGAAUAACUGCUUGGAUCCUUUCGUGUAUUACUUCGCUUCCAAAGAAUUCCAGCUAAAGCUGCGCGGGUACUUGUGCCACCAGCGUUCUCGCGUGGACAGUCUGUUCACCACGCGCACCAUGUCCGCACGCUCCGGCUCCAGCUUACAAGCCGACUGCCCUGAGCCUGCGAACCGGGCUUUUCUGCAAAGGCAGGAGAGCGUGUUCUAA